CCCAUUAUUCUGAAGGCACGCAAAUGUUAUCAGCGCGUAGUCUGGCUGUGAUGUCGCACAGAGAACGAAAGUUGCAGCAAUCAGCCGAAACGUCAAUUGCCUUGGAAGCUUUUAUUAAUAGCUUGCGAUUGGAUACAUUUUUUCAGUUAAGUGGGGAAGAACAAGAAGAACGUUUGGCAAGUAUUGACGCUGUUGAAUUAUUCGCUGCUCUACGCGAUGUUAAUCGUGAGCUAGCUAUAGCCCGCUUGGAGAAUCAUUUUCUAAUUGACUUCUUGGAAAAAAACGAUCCAAAAUUGCUGAUAGGCUUACAACAACGAAAAUCGCGACAAAUGUCGCAGAUCUUCACAGGACGUGCGCAAAAGGAUACAACGGGAUUAUCAAUAGCAAGUUCUGGAGGUCGCACUAGGGGUUCUUUAACAAAAUCAGUAACAAUGUCAACUUAUACAAUUUACAAUCAGAAAAAAACAGCCAUGGAUUACAAAUUGAACUUUCGGGCCAAAGCAGAUAUGGCCGAAAAGACAGCAAACGAAGUCGAAAAAAGAGUGCAUGAAAUUGAGAGAGCUGCUGCCAAAGAAAUUAAAAUUCUUCGUGGACAUAUGGAAGAGAUACAUUACAUGUAUGAGGAGACCCGGGAAACGACAAAAAUUUUUCAACUACAUUUUAUGCGAGACGACAAGGAUUUAGCUUUCCUUAACACAGCCACUGAGAAGCAAUUGGAGCGUAAAAUUAGAAAAUUUGUUAAUAACUGGUUGAAGAAUGCUAGAGCCUUAUUAAGCACCAUGCGGUUACGCAUUACAGCCCUGCAUGAACAUUGCCAGCAAUUACGCAACGAAUUGCUAACCAAAGCUGACUUAAGUGGCAUUCUUACUUCCGUUGACUUCGAAAAGUUAAUGAUUAAACGAACCGAACUCGUAAAUGCUUUGGAGGAGAAAAAUACUCAUAUGGCCGGAUUGAAAGGCGUAACUGGUAAGGCGUCCCUUUCCAUGUCUGAAGAAAAACAAGUAAUGAUGAAUAUUGAAGAAGAAUCAAAGCAACUGAAUAACAAAACUUUGGACGUUAUAAAAACGAUAAGUAAACUAGAAAAGGAAGCCAAUCAGGUAGAGCUGGAAAAUGAUAAGGACUUGGAAAUUUUAAAUAAUUUGAAAGUACAGUUGGAACGAUAUGAGGCGCCUAGUGUGCACGACUACAUCGGUAAGAAGGACGAGGUCCUUGUACUGGAGAAGGAAGAAAAAAUGUUAAAGCGAAAAAUCUAUAUUUUGGAAAUGAAACUAGAUAACACUCAACGAAAAUGCAAACGUAGAAUUAGUUCAAGAAUUUUGCCCGGCGAAUAUAUUAAGUGAUAUAUUUUUCGUUACAUUUGGUUAUAUUUGUUUUAACUAAUACGCUAUACAUAAACCAAAUAAUCUGAAAAUCAAAAGAGGGUAUA